CAAAAGUUGUAAGAGUUUCUACACCCGACUGCUGUUCUCAGGCAAGAAAACACAGAUUCACAAACUACAGAUUCACAAACUACAGUCAGAAAUGGUCAGGAAUAACUCCCUGGUUGGUCGCUUCCCGGAUGUCACACUAUGGAGUGAGGAGCCUGAGAAAGCAGAGUUCGAGAUCGAGGAGACAAAAAAGGAAAAUGGCUUUCGAAAGUGGUUUAGCAAAAUAUGCCCGUGCUGCUGCCGCCAAGCCAGCGAUGAAACUGAUUACAAACCCCCUGUUACUUCGGUACCAGAAGACAUUCCAUCAGCAGCAGCUCUUGAGAUGGAUGAUAACAUGCUAAGAGUUCGCGCUAUAGACCUGCUCAGGUCCAAAAAGGGGCAAAACCGACAGGAGCAUAACACGGACCUUUACCAUGGUGACAGCCUCAUCAUUCGCCGAGGACAGACCUUUCAGAUGUGCAUAGAGCUCUCACGACCUUUCAACCCCAAGACUGACACACUACACCUCGAGCUCAAACUAGGUCCCAAGCCGAUGGUAUCAAAGGGCACCCUGGUGACUGUUCCUCUCGUUGAGGAGCUGCAAGACAAGAGCUGGGAGGCCAUGGUUAUCGAACAGAUAGGCAACAAGAUCAAACUGUCUGUCAACUCCCCGCCAACCGCUCAUGUAGGUCGAUAUGAGCUUACAGUCACAACAACGACCCCCGACGGCUGCACCACGACAACCCGUAAACCUGAAAAUGAUAUCUACAUGCUGUUUAACCCCUGGUGUGAAGAGGAUUCUGUGUACAUGGACAACGAUGAUGAGAGGAAGGAGUACAUUCUGAACGAUGUUGGUAUUCUGUACUACGGAACUGAAAGUCAAAUUGGAGUCAGGACGUGGAACUUCGGACAGUUUGCUGAUGGGGUUCUGGCAGCAUGUUUGUUCGUACUGGAGCAGAGUGGAACCCCUGCUUCAGGCUGGGGAGACCCUGUUAACGUGGUCAGAGUCGUGUCUGCCAUGGUCAACUCCCCUGAUGACCAAGGUGUGUUAGAAGGUAACUGGUCCGGUGACUAUGAUGACGGAACCGCCCCGACUGCGUGGAGCGGCAGCGUGGACAUCCUGAAACAGUACCACAGAAAUAAAGGCUCACCUGUUCAAUAUGGACAGUGCUGGGUCUUUUCAGGAGUCACCACCACAGUUCUCAGGUGUUUGGGCAUUCCUACCCGCAGCGUCACAAACUUCAGAUCCGCCCACGACACGGACGUUUCCUUGACACACGAUGUAUUCUUGAAUGAGAACCUCGAGCCGAUCAAUGAGCUUAAUCAGGAUUCUGUCUGGAACUUUCACGUGUGGAACGACUGCUGGAUGUCCCGGCCUGAUCUGCCUCCGGGAAUGGGAGGUUGGCAGGCUGUAGAUGCGACGCCACAGGAGAUGAGUCAGGGCUCGUACUGCUGCGGUCCUGCUUCUGUGUCGGCUAUCCGUGACGGACUGGUCUUCCACAAAUACGAUGCGCCCUUCGUCUUUGCUGAGGUGAACAGUGACAAGAUGUAUUGGCAGAGGAACCCUAAUGGCACCUUCUGUCAGAUCUACUGUGAAAAGAACGUAGUGGGUCAUUGCAUCAGCACCAAGGCAGUUGGCUCAGAUGAGAGAGAGGACAUAACACACCUCUACAAACACCCAGAAGGAUCUGAAGAGGAGCGAAUCGCUGUAGAAACUGCCUCCCGCUAUGGCUCGAAGCCUGACACCUACUCGUCUGCCAUGGCCAAGGACGUCACGCUAGAAGUCACCAUGGAAGGCAAAGGGCCUCAGAUGGGAGAAAACGCUCAGCUGUCCAUCAUAUUAAAAAAUGACAGUUCUGAGCAGCGCAGUAUCACCAUGCAUAGCCAAGUGGCAGUCAUGUACUACACUGGAGUGCUGAAGGGCAUCGUGAAAAAGGACGACCUGGAGGUGCAGCUUAAACCCGGAGAAGUUCAGACCGUGGACUGGACACUUCUGUAUGAGCACUAUAAGGACCAGCUGGUGGACCAGGCAGCGCUGAUGCUCACCCUCUCUGGACGAGUCAUUCAGACCCAGCAGGUUUUGGCCACCCAGUUCAACUUCCGCCUGCACACUCCAGACCUCAUCAUCACACCUGUAGGUGACGCUGUGGUGGGGAAAGAGGUGGAGGCUAAAAUCACAUUUAGGAACCCUCUGCCACGUGUGCUAAGGAAUGUGAAGUUCCGUAUUGAAGGCCUGGGCUUGCAGAACAUAAGAGAGAUUUCCUACGGAGACGUGGCCAGACUUGCAACGAUUACCCUGACAGAAAAGUUCAUUCCCACACAGGCCGGUUCACGGAAGCUACUCGCCUCCCUUGACUGUCAGCAGCUCAGACAGGUUCAUGGUGUUGCCGACAUUGAGGUCAAGGAGAAGUGAGACCCCCCAUAUAGUGUGCAUUUCUGAUUUUGUCAUAUUUUGAGAAAACCCACAAUGAACUCACAACAAUAACAAUAAUUCUUAGACAAAGAAGUGUGUGUUCCAAUCAUUCAGUCGCCACAACCAGGGCAUGAACGUCCCUUACGGGGGUAUGAAGAUUUGUAUCUCCCUUUAGUCACUGAAAACUAAUGAGCCAGUAAAAUAAAACAAUUUUCUGUACAUUGUGUACAUUGUAAAUACAUACAGUACAGUACAUGGUGCUGAUGUGAAACACCACUUUAAUCAAAUGGAUUGGACUCUUUCUCAAUGAUUGGUUUUAGUACCUGUCAAUCAAACAUGGGGACGGGGCUAAACACAACCCAUCAGCUGUUCAACACCUUCCAGAAGAGGAUUUAUGAAUAUGAACACAUUUAUGAAGUGAAGUCUUAGGAAAACAAACAGAAUGUAGUUUCAUAUCGAACGUGAAUGUAAAUAAACUCUUUUGUUGUCAUAAACCUUAAUUUUACUACAUUUGUACAUUUAAAUUUACGUUCAUGGCAUUUAGCAGACGCACAAUUGUGACCAAAUCUAAUUCAAGCAAUCGAGGGUUAAGAGCUUUGUUGAACGGCUUUAAACUAGCGACCUUUCGAUUACUAGUCCGGUACCUGAACCACUGAUCUACCACUGCAGCUGUUACUUAGCAAUAAAACGUGACCGAUUGUUUUCACUGCAUUACUAAAUAAAUUCACUUACAGUUCCUGAAUGUGUCUCAUUAAAAUCUCUUGAUCUGCUGUUAAUUAUAGAUUUCAUGUAUUUAGAUACAGAGGUGUAGAAAUACUGACACAAUGUUUCAUUUAUCAUUAUGAACCGAUAAAUACUGUAAAUACUGUGCUGUUUAUGUUUUAUUUAUCAUUUAUUUUACAUUUUAA